UGCGCAUCGCGGCUCCCCAGGGACCAGCGGGCGGCCACCGACCCCCGCCGCUCCCCGUCCCUCGUCCCCUCGGGCGUUGCCAGGGCACCUCGGCGGGGGGGGCCGGCGGCCGCGCCGCCAUGGAAGGCGAUGCGAACGCGACCCUCCACCCGCCCUGCGCCCCCAGCGAGCCGCCCUACUCGGAGGAGCAUCUCCAGAGCCUUGACCUACCAGGGAGAUUUCUCUUUGCAAUCUUGACUCUGAUGACACUAAUUGCCAAUCUGGUGUUUAUAGAGGAAGCAGUCUACAUCUACAGGAAAAUCCCUUCCUCCAAAAGAUCAAUCAUAAUCUGGGUUAAUGCUGCAGCUCCAGUGAUCGCUACUACUUCAUGCAUUGGCAUGUGGAUUCCUCGCUCAACGAUGUUUACAGAUUUCACAGCAGCAGUAUUUUUUGCCAUAGUUAUCCACAAGUUCCUGCUGAUGAUGAUUAAAGAGUGCGGAGGUCAAAAGCUGCUCCUCAGGCGGUUUGAAAAUGGUCACUUCAAGAUCAGCACCGGUCCCUGCUGCUGCUGCUGCCUUUGCCUCCCUCGUGUGCGCAUCACUCGGCGAACCCUCUUUUGGAUGAAGCUGGGCACCUUUCAGUUUGCUUUCUUUCGACCCGUGCUCAUGUUUUUAUCAAUAGUGCUUUGGACUAAUGGCAAUUACGCCCCUUACAAUUUAUCUCCCAAAGGAGCUGCAAUAUGGAUUAGCUGCUUCAUUGGUGUCCUCACCAUUCUUGCUCUGUGGCCAGUUGCAAUCAUGUUUCAACAAGUUAGGACUCUCCUUGUCUGUAAGAAGAUCAUCUCUAAGUUUGCUCUUUAUCAGUUUAUCCUCAUUCUGAACCAUUUGCAGACAGCUAUUAUCAACAUCUUGGCCAUGAAAAGAAUUAUUCCCUGUGUUCCACCACUCUCCUCUUCAGCAAGAGGAGCAUAUAUGAUCAAUCAGCUUCUCAUCAUGGAAAUGUUUCUGAUAACCCUAAUCUCAAGGGUGGUUUAUCGGAGAAGAUACGAUGACCUAGAGCCUCCAGAGUGUACAGCUGAAGAAGAUGGGGACAACAAGCAGAAUCCUAAGAUUAUCCUGAACGGCACAGUUAGUGAAGGUGGACUGCCGAGGGUUUAGAAGCCCUGGGUCUAGAGAAGCUCUGCAGGAGCUGGAAGCUCAGCUUCGGGAGCUUGUAUAUUCUUGCACCACAAAUAGCCCCUGUCCAUGUCGGGACAACUUCUGACAUAAAUGCCUGUGAGCUGUAGUACUGAAAGGACUGCUAGUGGCAAGAUAACCCCAUUUAUUCUCCAGUGAUAUACACAUGGUGUGAGUGUUUUCAUACCAUGUAAUUUAGUAAGAUUUCCUACCGUGUACUUUUAUCCUGUUAUUGAGCACUUGAUGGUAGCCAAACUGUCUCACAACGUGAUUUUAUUUUAUUUUUAUUUUUUAGCUAUUAGAAUGGCUAUGAUUUAGAGUUAAUCCAGGGUCAUUCUUGUUCAUCUCUUUUUACUUUUUUAAAUCUUAUUUCACCCUGGAUUGCUAUCAUAUGUCCAACACAGCAUUUUCCCAUCUUUCCUCCAUAAAAAUUUAUCAGCUCUCACUCUAUACCACAAACUCACCAUAGCUAAUUCUGAUCAGUAAAUACAUUUGCAUAUGUUUGUUCUGAAAUCCCCAAACCUGUCUGGGCUCUCCACCUACAUAAAUGAUGAUCUCUUUAGGGCAAGACUUUUUACAUUCCUUGGCAAUCUACCUCCUAACUCGGUAACUACAUAGUUGCUGUUUCUAAGUGUCACUGACAGAUGUUCUUCCUAGGGAUGGCAGAUUCUCUGUUAGCGGCCUGGAAAAAGAAAGUUAGGAGUUGGAGUCUGAGAUGUCAUCUGCCGUUGCUCUGUGAUGUUAUUUGGUGCUUUGGUUCUCUGCUUGGAAAAUGGGAAUGAUGAUACUCGGGAUCCUUGUGCUGCAGGUGUCUGUGGGGAUAAGAGCUCUUGAAAGGAAUCUCUUUCAAAAAAUUCUUCCCUCCCCAGCUUCUUCACCCCAAAUAAGACCUGCCCAGGUGUCCAGUAGGACUUCAAGUAUUGCAGGAUCUUUUCAAUUCACACCUGCUGCUCUGUUUUGCAUAAACCAUUUUUUACUUUUUGCAAAUGAUCAUGAUGUUCUUGGAUGAACCUAAUUGCUUUGGUUUAGCUCACUGCAAUUUAUAAAAAGAUACUGUGUUUAGUAAGCGUUUGGAUAUUCUCUUUGCUGGGACAGGAGGUGCAGAGCCAUGUACUAGCACUUGCCUAGCCUCGUCUCGACUGAUCCCUAGAAGGAAACACCCAAUCCAUGCAGCAAGAAUGCUUAUUCCAUAUGUAAGCAAGGAAAAUGUUUCAUGAUGGAAAAGAUGUCAUUAACAUCUUUUACCUAUAUUGUAUCAAAUAGAACUUAUCAUCAGAGCAAAGCUAGGCAGAUAGUGGGGUUUUAUUUUUAGUUUACAAGGAAUUAAAAUACUUUCAGUUGGGGAGUUUGUGGAAAAUGAAAUAUUCUGAAAACAGCUAGUGAACCAUCUGGAAGUAGAAAAGGGGGUUUUAAACAAUGUUUUCUUCUCUCUGAUUGAGGUCAGAAAUAAUAUUUUCUUUAACAAUUGAAAGAUUCCAUUAUAGUAGAAAAACUGAAUUAUUUUUGUUCUGAAGCAGUUGAAACAAUUUUUGUAUUUCAUUUUUUUUCUAAGCAGGCAGUCUGGGAAAUCAGUACAGGUUCUUGAACUCAUUAAUGUGAGAGAAUCUGCACUUUUCCCUUGAAAAAUAAUUUAGGCGAAAAUUUUCACUCUGCAUUAGAGUGUGUCAGUAGAAUUAACUGUGAUCAGAUAACAUAUUCUUAACAUGGAAAAUCAUCUUUUCACAUUAUGGCUGUUAGCAUAUUCCUAAUGUUGCUUUAUAUCAGUGUAGUGUAGGCCACAAUUACACUUGUAGAGUUGCCGAGCAGUACUUAAUUUCAUAAUGGCACUGGCUGUGAGUUCAAGCAGCUUCAAAACUGGAAAAUAAAAUAUUUUGAGUUGGUAGGGCAUCUUUGCAAAUUGCUGUGGAGAAGACUUGAAAUACUAGAGCAAAUGAGACAAAUGAGCAUUACUGGAAAAUGAUUUCUGUAGCAAUUCUGUGAGGGGCGUGCCUUGGUGGGUGGGAUCUGUGGCAUGGAAGAGCGGAUCCAUGCGCCAUAGCCUGGACAGUGCAGUUGAAAACAGAUGGAGUGUGUGAACAAGUGAUGGUCUCUGUAGGUCCAGCGAAGGAGCUGCUGGGGUGCAGCAUUGUCUUCACCCAUCACUGUUGGUCGGGUAUCUGGCAUGUCUCUGAAGUGCCUCUUAAACUGAUCUUGUAAUGAUCUUGCAUGGGUCUGAUUCAGCCAUAGGUAUCACAAGCUGUGAUGCUUUUGGGUAGGUAUUUAAUUUUUGUUGUGAUCUUCAUCUGACAUAUUUCAGUAAUAAAAUGUACCACGGUGAUGUUCAAGUGGACUUCAGAUUUGGCAGCAAAGGCGUUUCUUUUUACUAUGUACAGUCAUGGAGGUCUUAUUCCAAAAAGCACUUGCUUACACAGAACACUUUUCAGAGCAUAAUUGUACAUACUUUAUCUUAAAUAUGUGCCUAGGAGCUUUCCUGAGUUACAUCUUAUGUGAAUGCAGAGGAAUGUAGGGGUCUUAUUGUUACAAAUUUCUUUUUUUCUUUUGUUUUGGGACUUCUUAAAUUAACAAUUUAUUCCCCAGUUCUGGCUUAGACCAAUAGCUGUAGCCUGCCUAAUCUAGGUGUGGCGUUGAGGGUAGGCGCCUGGGAGCUAGCAGCCGGGGGCAGCAGGUGGCCCUCAUUGCAGUGCAUUCAUUCAGGUGCUCUUGAAAUUACAACACUGCCAAUCACAACCGCAAGGUUGGACCUUAGGCAAUCUGAGAAAGGAAAUAACAAAGCCGGAAAUUCCUCCAGUCUCAGUUCUGAUAAGGAUUCCUUUCAGGUCAGUGGAAAAAAAUUUACUUUCAAUUAUGUGUUUGUGAUUAAAGCAUUUGAAAACAGUUAUCUAAAGCUAGCAGAUAAUUUUCACAACAUAUUUUAUACAGCUGCUGUAAAGUAAUGAGGGUUAAGGUGAGCACAUAGCCUUUAUGUUAUGUUUGCAUGGGGUUAUCCUGUGAGGAAGGGUAAAGGUAAUUUUAUCGGUGUCUUUUGUGACGAUAAAAGGCACCAACACCAUUAAAUAGAAUGAUAAGAAUACAGAGAUGUGUGGUUGAAGGUUAGGAGAGUUUAGGCAUUUGGAAGCAAUUAAUGAGAACACCGAGGAGAAGAUGAGUUACGUGUUUUGGGCGGCCGUGUGCUGAAGAUGCAGGUAUGAAGGUGAACACUGACCGUGAAGCCCCCAGGAGCGUCACACAGGGAUGCGGCGUGAACAUCACAUGCACAAGGAGGGAGAACGGACCCUGUAGGGAACCUUAUAAUGUUGCAGGAGUGGGUUGGCAAACAAAAGUGCUCUUCUUUUCCAUCUGUCAUUCAAGCUAUUAUUUUUAAAACAACACUAAUGGAAUCUCUCCUGUUCCAGAAGACCGUGGUGUGGACUGCUGUUGCCUGCAGCGCAGGCAGCACUGGGGUCUUGAGGAGGUCCCCCCGACAACGGCAAGCUGUCAUUCCCUAGGCAGGGCUAGCUAUGGGGCCAGUGAAGACUGUAUUUAAGUGCAUGCCUGCGUGGUUCAUGUGUGUCAGCAGCAAAGGGCCUUGUGACUUGAUACCCAAAGGAUCUGUUUCAGGUGUUAAGAGGGUGCUCAGCUGAUUAUAGACCUUUCUAUCCCUACCUCCCCCCUCCAAUUGUCCUGUCCGUUCCUGCACCCUCACACUUGCUCCUGCCUCAUUCUCCCUGCUCAAGAGAAAAACAAAUGCGGAGUGCUCCUCGGGGAGGAGGUGCAAGGGUGUUGGUUCCUGCCUGCAGGCCCAGGGCAGCCAGAUGACGGAGCCCUCCUUUCUAUGCUGAGUUGUGAUCCCAUGGGUCCCAGAGCUGGAGUAGGGGAAGAAAUUAGGUAACACAGUAAGGACACAAACGAUGGUAAAUUGAACAAGUUAGGGAAUAGGUAGAAUUAGUGUAUGUAGUAGAGAAGCACAGAAGAAUUCUGACUCCUGGAUAACUGAGAGAAGAAGAUAGCAGCCAUUUGCUAUGCAGCUAAUGGAAAUGCUAGAGUAGGUCUGUUGCAACACCACCGAUUCAGUACAUUACCACUUGGCUUCCUUACCCUUUUAAAGAAGGUCUGACCCCUGCUGACAGUUUAAAAGCUAAAAUUAAAGCUAAUGCUUUACUGACAGGUAUUCACGUAGGGUGUUCCUUCAGGACAGUUCAUGAAUCUGCUUGCACCUCCCUUGCUCCCAGGUGAAAUGGAUCACAAUUUUUAAGACACAAGUUGUGGGGGAAGAGGGCUAGAUAACAUACGUCCCUUUUUACUGCUUUAGAUGCCUUUGAAAGUGUUAACUAGGUAAUUCUAACAGUUGUCUGAACUCA